CCGGCGGCUGCCAGGUAGGACGAGACGAGAUGAGACCUGAUCGCGUUCCGAAAUGGCAGGCCGCAUGGACGAUCGAGAGAGACGCGGCAUUGUCCGCUGCACUACAGGAGGUUCCCCCAGGGUCGGAGGGACGAUGGACACGUAUCAGUAAGAAGGUAGGGCUGCCCGCGAAGGCGUGCCAGAACCGCUCUCGUGUGCUCAUGAGCUCCAAAGGGGAGUCGAAGAGCGAGCGUACGACGACAGGUCUUUUCCAGUCGACGAAUGAACGGCCAGGACUUGCGCCGGGGAUGGUCGGGCGAUCGGGAUUCCAAGACAACACCCAUACGAUGAUGAACUCAUGGCCAAGAUCCCGGCAGCAGACGACAAGUGCUCAGCCGGAGGUCAGACUGUCAGUCGAGGCAAGCACCACAGCAGGAGGCUUCCGCCACGUGGCUAAUGGAGUCUUCUUCCAAGGUGCGGAUGGAGGGGGGGUGCAAAGGCCGACGUUGGGAAAGGCAGGUGUGGGUAGUAGCCACACGUCCUUCACCCCCUCGGCGGGGGGGGUAAGUCUAGGCCGGCAGGUUCCUGGUCAGCUCGGGGACGAUGGUGGUGUUCGAGGGGUUGUCAAGGAAGGGCGGCCCUCUGUGAUGUUGUCUUCAACACCGGCUGUAUCCGCUGCCACGUCAUAUGCGACGUCAUCUGCUGCCAAUCCAUUUGCUGCUACGUCAUCUUAUGCCACGUCAUCUGCUGCCAGUCCAUUUGCUACCAAGCCAUUUGCUGCCACUUCAUCUGCUGCCACGUCGUCUUAUGCCACGUCAUCUGCUGCCAAUCCAUUUGCUACCAAGCGAUUUGCUGCUAAUCCAUUUGCUGCCACGUCAUCAUCUGCUGCUUCAUCAGCUGCUGCCACGGCAUCUGCUGCCAAGAGGGCGUCUGCGUCUGCUGCCAAGUCGUCAACAACUGCCACGUGUUCUACUGCUUUCCCCGAUGCAGGGGCGGCUCCGUCUUCCGACAAAGGAAUGGAUGUUAGUGGUGGACAGUCUGAGUCAACGACGAGGUCAACGACGAGGGCAACGACAACGGCAACCCCGAUGAAUGCAAAGGCGGGCAAGAAGGAGUCUGGGACGAAAAUCAGGGGGCGGGCGUUGGCUCUUGCGAGUCCGUAUCUCGUCUCAUCCGAAGGGUACGAUCGAUGGAAGAAGAUGAUGAAGGAGGAGAGGGGGGUUUUGAUGGCGCUGCGCGCCGAUGGCUGGUUGGUGGACUGUACGACGUUCCAGCCGGUCGAUGCGGCGGCACGGCUGCAGCGACCAAUGGGGGUUGAUAAGCACGACAAGAAUGGUGGUGACGCCCACUCUGAGGCCUAUCCACCAUGGGCCUAUUCUUUGUGUAUUGUGCUGUCGAUCCAAUCAGAGGACGGGGAGUUUUUCUCAAAUGCCACGUGGAAAUCCGCUCUGACUGACUGGGUCAGGUCCGGCGGGGUCCUGAUGUUCUCGGCCGGUGAAGGGAGGGGAUUGACUCGACUGCUGACCGAUUGCUUCCAGCGUACUUGGGAAUUUGAAGGGUAUUUUUUCCGUCGACUAGAGCAUCAGUUCGUGGAGGGCAGCUUGCCAUGGCUGGGUCGGGAUUGCGAUUUCAUCGCCAAGGCGCCGAGAUCUUACAGUGUGAAGGCGUUCAUGUUGUCCAAGGUUCCUCCGCAGCAGCGCGUGUACUCACCGAAACCGUCCGAACCUGAUCGUGAUUCCCGGCGAGGGGGGAAAGGGCAGCAGCGGAAAAGUGAACCCGGAGGAUCGUAUCGGUCGGGAAAGGAAUCUCUGAUGAACGAUGCCGGGCGGAAGGCCGACGAAGUUGACCUGGCCAUGUGCCCCGCCGCCACGUGUCAGUUCGGCAGAGGCAUCGUUGCAUAUUUCGGUGACGUCGAGGUAGGUAGCAAGACGGUAGGUUUGAUUGUGUCGUUAGCCAGGUCGACCUGUUCCCGCAGCAGCGACGUGGCAACGUCUGCUACCCCGUCCAGCAAUGGCCAAUCGCGCAAUGCACUAGUGGUUUGCUGCAAUGUGUGCGGAAUGGGCGACGGCACUGUCUCCAAGCUGCACGUGUGCGGCGGCUGCAGACGUGUGCGCUAUUGCGGGAAAGAGUGUCAGAAGACGGACUGGCAGAUGGGACAUAAGAAUUUGUGCAACAAGGCAGUAGCGGAAGAAUACCAUAAAGAGCAGCAGCAGAGGCAGCAGCAGGAGCAGGAGCAGCAGCAGCAACGAAAGGGUCGGGGAAAGAAGGGGGUGUCGUCUGGUAAAGUCAAGUAUGCCGACGAUUGGAUCGAUGAAUCACAGGACGAGAGCGCCGCUAACUGCUGUGGAUUCACUGAAUCUGAUCUGGAGGAGUUGCUUGGUCAGGGAGUGAAGCCUUGGGAUCCCAUGGCUAUGGCCGUUCUCGGCGCUCUCAGCAUGGGUUGUCGGCCCCCUUGGGAGGAGGAGGAGGAAGACUAUUCCGAUGACGACGACGAGUACGGACCGUCGUUUGUUGGUGUGAGUUUUUUCGGUUUUAGUGGGAGUAUGGACUCGGACGAAGACGAGGAUUCCGAGUCGGGCGAGGAAGGAGAAGAGAGAGACGAAGAAGAGGAAGGAGAAGAGAGAGAUGAAGAGGAGGGAAAGAAGAGAGAGGAGGGAGAGGAGGGAAAGAAGAGAGAGGACGGAGAGGAGGGAGUGAGUGUGUGUGGAAAGGAGAGCGAUAAACGUAAUACCAAGAAAGAAUGUGAUGAUAAGGGGGAUAAGCAAAAAAACGGGAAGAAUGAGAAAGGGUGGGAAGAGAGACGCAAAGAGAAGAAAGGGAGGGAAGAUGAGGAGACGGGAGGGAGGAGAGAUGGGCAAAAAGGCACUAGGAAGGAAGAUGCCGAGAAGAGCAAAAAAGGUGAUGGGUUUUAUGAGGGCUUGCCGUUGUUUAAUAGCUAUUACACGUAUGGCAGAGCACACGGGUUUACUAACGAUGAGAUCGAUGAUUUGGUCUGCCAGGGCGUCAGUCCGUGGAGUCCGGAGGCGCGGAGGGUCGUGGAUAUGCUCAGGUACGACCCCUAUGAUGAUGACUACGACUACCACGACGAUGACAAUGGAUGGUAAGCCCUGCUGUCUACCCUCUUCUCCCGAGUAUAACGCACCCCCAUCU